AUGACUAUUCGUGAUAUUGAAAAUAGACAAGACACCUUAGACCAAGCACGUCAAUCUUUAGAACCUCGUGUUAGCUCCCUUCAAUCCCAAAUGGACCAGAGACUUCAGACCUUUGAACUAAAACUGAAUGAACUUACCAAAUGCCUUAAGGAAUCUUUGGCCAAGAUUAAGCAAGAAUAUAACUCCCAGUGUCAGGAGCUUAGAGCCACUACUCAGGAGCUUAAGGUAUCUAAUCAAGAGCUUAGGACCUCCCAGCAAGAAAUUAGAGAUUCUCUCCUAAGAAUUGAUAGGCAUGUAUUUAGUAAAGGUGCAGAAGGGAUUCUUGGAAAUGUACCUGAGACCAAUCAAGCGCACCUUAAGUUCGACACCAUUGGACCAUCUCACACUAGAGGCUCCCAACUGUCUAUAGGGCUACGUAACCCGCAGACUAAACCGCUACACGUUGAGACCCUUCCCCCACAGUUCGAGGAAGAGGACAACCCAUGGGAUGAGCAAGGGACAGAGGCUCGCUACGAAUCCCAUGUUGUGAACCAACGAGCCUAUGGAGGAUACGCCACGCGCCCUAGGUAUGGACGAGAACCGUCGCCGCCCAGACGAUACCGAGACACCCCUCGGCAAGACUACAAUGAUGAUGCGACGAAGAGGGUUAAAGUUGAGGCACCUGACUUUGAUGGUCGUUUAGAUGUGAAUGCCUUCCUCGAUUGGUUAGCCACCAUGGAUGACUACUUCGAGUGGUACAAUAUGAGUGACAUACAACGUGUUCGUUUUACCAAGAUGAAGCUCGUAGGAUCUGCAAGGAAGUAUUGGCAGUUUGUCCAAACGAACCUUGAACGCCUAGGGCAACCUCCUGUCACUACUUGGGAGGAGAUGAAGUUGAAGCUUAAGGAAAAGUACGUGCCGGUCAGUCACUUAAGCAUGCUUUUCAACCAAUUGAACAACCUCAAGCAAGGAACCUCAUCGGCAGUCGACUACGUCUCUCGAUACGAUGACCUUCUGAUCCGCAAUGACUUAAAUGAGCCGAGUUUUGUGGUUAUUGAGAGGUUCAUCAGCGGCCUUAGGGAUGACAUACAGAGGGAGCUCAAAGUAAACCGUCCUUACACUUUAGAGGAAGCAUAUCAUAAGGCUAUCGACAUUGACUCCCUGCCUAAGUAUCCCUCUUUCAGGCGUCCCAGCUUCUCUGGAUUAGAAUCUUGUCUAACACGCAGCUCCACUGUUUCGGGCAAUCAGCGGGUAAGUCAACAAUUUUCAGGACCAAGCGCUUCUAGACCAAGAGAGUCAUUAGCCUUAAACGCUCGCACAGGUAGCCCAUCGAUAGAGUGUUUCAAGUGUCACUCUAAGGGACACAUUGCUUCAAAGUGCCCGCAACGUGCAUUGCUUAUCGAAUCUCAAGAUGAUGCACUACUCGAGAGCGAGCCAAACGUCGUCAUCGACCCUGUCGAUAUUCCUUCUGAUGUGGACGACGAAAUUAAUUGUGAUGACAUGCCAUUGGGUCAUCUUGGAGUGAUGCGAUGCCUCCUGACUGUCCCAAUGCCAGAUGACUUGUGGAAACGGAACAGUAUCUUCCACACCUUCGUGAAGUGCGGUGAUAAGUCAUGCAAGCUAGUUAUUGAUAGUGGAAGUGAAAGGAAUGUGAUCUCUAGUCGAGGUGUUGCUCGUCUUGGACUUAAGACGGAGCAAAUUGCUAAGCCUUUCCGAGUUGCAUGGGUUGAUAACACUUCAUUGCUUAUCACUCAGCAGUGUCGAGUUCCACUCCAGUUGGGUGACUACAAGGAGGAUGUUUUAUGUGUUGUGAUUCCUAUGGAUGGCAAGACCAUCUUACUCCGUCCUGCAAAGCCUGAGCCUAAAGCAAAAGGUUUAAUCCCUACGAAAGGAUCCACUUCUAAACCUAUCAACCUUCACCUCCUCACGGAAAAGCAAUUCAUCGAAGAAAGUAGAGAGGGUGAUGUCAUCCUUGCUGUUGUUUCUAAAGUCAUUUCUCCUCCUGCACCAAUACCCGACAACUUCCCAAAAGAAGUAACCCAACUCUUGGACGAGUUUAAAGAUGUUGCACUUGAGGAGUUACCUCCUAACUUGCCACCCAUGAGGAACAUCCAGCAUGCAAUUGAUUUGGUUCCAGGAUCACAGCUCCCCAACCUUCCACACUACAGGAUGAACCCUAAAGAUCGGGAAGAGCUCAAUCGUCAGGUUAACAGCUUGCUUGAGAAGGGCUAUAUCCAGCAUAGCCUCAGUCCUUGUGCUGUCCCUGCCCUUCUGACUCUGAAGAAAGACGGCUCGUGGAGAAUGUGUGUUGAUAGUCGAGCCAUAAACAAGAUAACUGUCAAGUACAGGUUCCCGAUCCCUAGGUUAGAGGACAUGCUUGAUUUCAUGUUUGGGUCUAAGUGGUUCUCCAAGCUUGAUCUUCGUAGUGGUUACCAUCAGAUUCGAAUCAGACCAGGAGAUGAGUGGAAGACCGCAUUCAAGACACAAGAUGGACUGUACGAGUGGCUCGUUAUGCCAUUUGGCUUAACAAAUGCCCCGAGCACAUUUAUGCGAGUAAUGACGCAUAUGCUGCAGCCCUAUCUGGGAAAGUUCGUGGUUGUCUAUUUUGAUGACAUCCUGGUUUUUAGUAAGUCCAGAGAUGACCACUUGCACCACCUUAGACAGGUGCUUCUGACCCUGCGGAAGGAGAAAUUUUAUCUCAACCUACCAAAGUGCUCCUUCCUACAGAGCCAAGUUAUGUUUCUCGGAUUCAUCGUCUCGAAACAAGGCUUAUCUGCCGACCCUGCGAAAGUCUGA